AUGACCAUCACGCCGCCCCCGACGCUGCCGCCACCGUCUGCCGAGAACGCUACUGCUGGCCAACAGGCCGACGAAGCAGUAAGGCACCAUGCUAUGACCAUCAUGCCGCCCCCGACGCCGCCGCCCCCACCUGCCGAGAAUGCUACUGCCAGCCAACAGGCCGCCGAGGCAGAUACACUCCAUGCUAUGAUCAACACGCCGCCCCCGACGCCGCCGCCCCCAACUGCCGUGAAGGCUCCCGGGGAAUUGACGUGGUGCAAACCGGGCGUGAUGACACAUCCGCCAGAGGGCAAAACGAACACUGAGGCGACAACGACCACUGAGGCGACAACGACAGAGGAUCACCCGGAGGAACCACUCCGAUGGCGCCGCCCACGGUCGCUGAGAAAGCGGCUGGCACAGGGCGGUGGUGCAAAACGACGAUUUUGCGGCACUCUCCGGAGGAUCAGCCACCUGCCAAGUCAUUCACAGGUGCUCCACUGCCACCCGCCACUGAGGGUGCGCUACUGCCGCCCGCAACUGAGGGUGCGCUACUGCCGCCCACCACUGAGGGUGCGCCACUGCUGCCCGCCACUGAGGGUGCGCUACUGCCACCCGCCACUGAGGGGUGCGCCACUGCCGCCCGCCACGCGUGCCACUUUGGGCGCGCCGCCUGCUGCUGAAUUCGCCACGAUGCCGCCGCCGCCGCCCACCUCGGCCGCCCCCAUGGCGACAGGUGCGGCCCACAAAGGCACCACGACACCGCCGCCCACCUCGGCCACAGGAGCGACCCACGAGCACACCACGACGCCGCCGGACACACCAGGUUAG